AUGGCUCGUAGCAUUGAUCUCAAGUUUAUAGCAGACCUAUCGGUACUCGUGGGUACUGGUAUCUCAGUAUACUAUUUGGUGUCGAAACUCCUGAACGAAACGGAUGGAAAUUCGCUGUUUGGGAGGUCGAAAGAGGCCCGGGAAAAGCAGUCGCACACCUGGGACAGUUUGGUCGCAGUGCGGCCUCAGUUGCGCGACGUGAAGCUAAGCUCAUAUGAACGCAGUGUUCUGUCGUCAGUGGUACUGCCGCAAGACAUAGAAGUGUCGUUUUCGGACGUGGGAGGCCUGGAAGAGAUCGUAGAAGAACUCACAGAAUCCGUUAUUUGUCCGCUAACGAUGCCAGAAUUGUACACUUCGAUGGGAUCUUCCAAGGGAGAGGGGCUUUUGACGGCCCCUCGCGGUGUGCUGCUGUAUGGACCGCCCGGUUGCGGCAAAACAAUGGUCGCCAAAGCACUGGCAAAAGAAAGUGGAGCCACGUUCGUUUCGCUGCGCAUGUCUUCGAUCCUGGACAAGUGGUACGGCGAGUCCAACAAGAUUGUGGACGCCGUGUUCUCGCUCGCCAACAAGAUCCAGCCGUGCAUUGUUUUCAUCGACGAGAUCGACUCGUUUUUGCGCGAACGGGCCUCCUCGGACCACGAAGUGACUGCCAUGCUCAAAGCCGAGUUCAUGACACUGUGGGAUGGUUUGACCUCCAACGGCCGCGUGCUGGUCCUGGGUGCCACCAAUCGCAUGUCUGAUAUCGACUCGGCGUUUUUAAGAAGACUCCCUAAGCGUUUUGCCAUACCGUUGCCUGGCGCCCAGGAAAGACGCCAGAUCCUCACCAUUCUGCUGCAAGGCUCCGAAUUGAACCCUCAAGAAUUCGAUUUGGACACUAUUGUGGCUGCCACACGCAACAUGUCGGGCUCGGACCUGAAGGAACUGUGUCGAGAUGCUGCUUUGAACGCUGCUCGCGAAUAUAUUCGUCAGAAACGGCAAAUGGCCUCUUCUGACAGCGAUGUGGAAACCAAGAAUAUGCCAAAGGGUAUAAGACCGCUGAAAACUUCCGAUUUUUCCAAAAACUUAAGCAUUCAAGCCCGCAUACCGCUUGGUUCAGCAGGUCUGGAUUAA